AUGGAGAAGGGAAACUUCAUCAUGCCUCCGAAAUCUGCACCACCCAAGAAGCCUAUGAGGCGGGAGAGCGUGUCAGGAGAGGUAGGACUCAAGGCAGACAAGAAAAAGGACGACGAUGCUCAGAGCGGUUUCAAGGAGUUCACCUACAAGUUGGACCCCUCGGUCGAGCAGAUGUCAACGCACUUCGAGAUGGAGGGGAACCUGCUUCACAACGAGAGCGAGGAGGGAAAGAAGAUCUUGGCGGAGAAGGCGGCGAAGGAGGAGGCGAGAAGGCGAGCGGCUGAGAACGAGUCGCUGGGAGCCGGAGAAGGGUAUCACGACGACAAACCCCACCGGAAUCAGUUCAACUUCUCCGAUCGCGCUUGUCAGACUGCAGCUCCUCCCAUGCGCGACCGCGAGAUCUUCACGCAGCCUCCUCCCUCCAUCUCCUUCGGAAACACUGUCACUCUCUGCGAAGUGUUCGAUGCCUACACGGAAGAUCUUGAGCGACAGAAGAUUGCCAAAGAGCGAGCCGCUGUUGCUGCAAAAGUUUCAAAGAAUGUUCAGAAGACGGAAGAGGUCAUGUGCCUGGACUUCCAUCCCACGCACGCCUCCCUCCUCGCCGUUGGAUGCUACGAUGGAACAGUGAUGAUCUACGACAUCCGAAGCAAGACCAACAAGCCUCUCUUCCAGUCGACUGUCAAGACCGGCAAGCACACAGAUCCUGUCUGGCAGGUGAUGUGGCAGCAGGAGGAUCUCUCAAAGAAUCCAAACUUCUUCAGGAGCAAGAACGAGCUGCAGCACACUGACGUGAUGGAGCUAAAGCUGGCAGGGAUAGUCAGCGAGGAGGGAGAAGAGCACGAGGAAGCUUCGCUUGUCGGCCUCGCAGGAGGAUGCUGCAUUGACUUCAACAGCAAGAGCGAGCACUUGUUUGUGGUGGGCACUGAAGAAGGAAGAAUUCAUAAGUGCUCCAAGGCAUAUAAUUCGCAGAUCCAUGUCUUCGACCUUGCUGAGAAUAAACAUGAGCCAAUGUGCGACCAGAAAGUUGUGCGAAAGAGCAAGCUCACCCAUCUUGCGUUCAAUCCCAAGCAUCCCAUCCUCAUCGUCGGCGACGAUCACGGAGGAGUUUUAUGUCUCAAGUUCUCGCCCAACCUCAGGAAGACGGAGGCACAGAAGAGAGCGGAGGCGAUGAAGAACGAAGGAGCAGAGCAAGUGAAGAAGCCUCCUCCCAAGAAGAAAGGAGGAGGAGAGGCGGCGGAAGACGAUGACAAGAAGAAGCAAGUCAACCCUGCGGAGCUGGAGAUGGAGAAGCUUGAGAAGAUCCUUGGCAUCUCCUCCGUGGAGCCGGUCAAGAACGCCCCUCCUGCUGCCGCCUAG